AGGUGGUUUCUUGCACAUGAAGUGUGAGGAGAUUAAGAUGGCGGUUAAUGGAAAGAGUCUGUUUUUCCUGAUGCUUCUUUUUCUUAAAAGCAGAGGUCAAGAACAAGGCUUCAAUGACAAGAUGACUCUCAAUCUCCCUGAUUCCUACAACAUUGGCUGGAUGCAAACUCUGGAUGAUCACCAGUUGAUUUCUGACAUCACCAUUCCUGGUACCCAUGACACCAUGGCUCUUUAUGGAGGACCGGCGGCAGAAUGCCAGGCAUGGUCUCUGGAGGACCAGCUGAAGGCUGGGAUACGCUACCUGGAUCUGAGAGUGUUUGCUUUUGAAAAAAAGUUGUAUGUCAUGCACGGAGUGAUUUAUGAACAUUCAUCUUUCCCCAAGGUUCUUAAUACGAUCAAGGCAUUUCUGUCUGAAUUCAGGAGUGAAACGGUGCUCGUCCGAGUAAAACCUGACUUGUUUGAUAAAAGCGAUGUUCAGGAGCUGAUUCAAAACAUGAUCGAAAAUGACAGCGAUAUCUGGUUUCAAUCUUUGAUACCAACAAUGGGUGAUGUUAGAGCGGCACAGGCAUUGGUACACUGGGAGGGAUGCUUUUAACACCUAAAAGAAUAGCUAAGGAAAUCGACCCCUGGCU